GCUCGUGUAAAAUUAAACUUGUUGAUAUUGUUGAGAGCCUUACAACAUGACUGCUUUCGAAUAUAUCGACUAUCCAACGGCUUUCUCUGGUGUGGCAGCUUUUAUCCUAUGCUGCUACUUACAGAAAAGACCAAAGAAUUUUCCACCGGGUCCUCAUGAUCUACCUCUUGUCGGGUAUAUUCCGUUUUUUGGAAAAAAUCCUGCAGAGACUUUAAGACAAAUGAAAGUGAAAUAUGGAUCUGUUAUGUCUGUUCCAUUUGGACGUGAAAAUUGGGUAGUUUUGAACGACUUUGACGUCAUUCAUGAGGCACUGGUAAAGCAGGGUGAGAAGUUUUCUGGACGACCUCAUAACAUUGCAUACGAUCUUAUAUCCAACGGUGGAAGUUUCUUUAAUUUGGAUUACGGCCCAACAUGGAAAGCUUUACACAAAUUUGGCGGGGUUACUUUAAGAGGGGCUGGAGUUGGCAAAAAAGAAAUGGAGGAAAAUAUUGUCGAAGAAACAAAGUUUUUGAUAGAAACGUUGGCAACACAGAAUGGACAGGCAUUUCAAAUGAAAUUGACCUCGGCGGUUUCGAAUAUUAUUAGUCGUAUAAUAUUGGGUUCAAGAUUUGACUACAACGACGAAAUGAUGAAACAAAUAAUUGAAAUAUUGAGAAAAAACUUUGCAGACACGCCCCAUGCGCGUAAGAUGGGUACGCUUUCAUUGGCUCCUAUAUUAAGGUUUAUCCCUCCAUUCCGCAAUAUUGCAAAGGAUACGGCUGAUGAUGCGGACUUCGUGAUUGAAUACAUACGUGAUAUUAUCAACGAACACGAAGCGAAACUUGACGAGCUGGACAUCCGAGACGUCAUUGAUGCGUUUCUCAUUGAGAUUAAAAAAAGUCAUAAAGAUGACAGUGCUUUUAAUAAAAAACAACUCAUCUAUUUUGUUCGAGAUCUGUUCAACGCCGGAACAACAACCACAAGCAGCACAUUGACAUGGGCUUUGUUAGCUUUUGCGCAUUAUCCCAAGUAUCAAGAAAAAAUUGCGGAAGAAAUUCUGGAAACUUUGGGCGAGGACGGAGUUACAUCAAUGAAACAUCGAAAUGAAAUGCCAUUUACUUGUGCUUUCAUACAAGAACUAAUGAGACAUAGAUUGUUGGCCCCAUUGAGCUUGCUUCACAAGACCACCGAAGAAGCGACUCUGAAUGGAUACACUAUUCCAAAAGACACAAACGUCGCUCCAAAUCUUUGGGCAGUUCAUUUUGACCCGAAACACUUCGAAAACCCGGAAGAAUUUCAACCUGAGAGAUUUCUCGACCAUGACGGAAAAUUCAUCAAAUCAAAUCACGUAAUCCCGUUUUCAAUCGGUCCUCGACACUGCAUUGGCGAACAACUUGCAAGGAUGGAAAUUUUCAUUUUUCUGACCGGAAUCAUACAAAAGCUUAAAGUGGUGCCCGAUCAAGAAAAACCGCUACCAUCUUUUUUUAGUGGUGGGUGCGGCAUUAUAUCAUACGAACCCCCAACGUUUGAUGUUAUUUUCGAACACCGCUAAAUGUUUUUUUUUUUAAUUUCCUUAAUACAGAUCAAGUUUACAUCGUUAUUUUAUGAACGAAUUUCUUAUUCUCCUGAAAAAAGCGGAUAUCAUCACGAUGAAAGUUAAUAGUUAUAUUUUUUGUUAAUUUGUUUUGAUAGAAAAUAACCCUUUGAUACAUUAUAGUUUGUCAAAAAUAAACCACUGUGUAUUUAUUAUAAAUAACUUUUUCGAUUACAAGAAAAGAUUUGCCAAUAUAUAUAAAAAACAGAAACAUCACAUAGAGUCGCAUAACUUAAACUUGACCUCAUAUUUGCAAAAAUUUAAACGCAUUCAGUGUGUAAAAUUAAAAAGAUCAUAAGUUAUAAUUAGUUGUAAUAUCAUUUACCAAUAAGUUUGGAUUGUUCAUAAAAACGGUUUGUCCCAAUUGUUUUUUUUCUGCCCAGUUUCUUUGCAUGACAGAGUUACAGAUUUUAAAUAUAUACUCAUAUAUAAUUCAUGAAGAUGCCUUACUUAUGUGGCUAGCGAUUUUCGGCAGUAACAACUUUUUUGUAAUGUUUUUUUGUUUUGAUGCAAACUGGUUCAAAUUCUCGCAAGAAAAAUUUUCAAUGAAUCACGAUGUUAUUUUGUUAUCACGAAGCCGCAAUCAAACAA